UUGGGCUCUUUUUGUUGGCUAAAGUUACGUACACAUUCACUACGGUCGUUUUUUAAAGUAAGCUGUGAAUUCAGCGGAGUGCUUACAAUACAGCGGCUGAGAGUUUUACCUGCCCAUUCAUUGUGAUUGUGGCUAGAAGCGAGGCUGCAGCAGUUGGCACAUCGGACGCUCUCGCCUUUUUAAAUUUAAAUAAUUUUCUGUAACUACCUUAGAUAAUACUAUUCGAGCUGGUAUAAGAUCUAACGAAGUAAUAUCAAAAACUCGCAACGAAUUCCUGGUGUUGAGAAGUAUCUAGCUUAGUUUAAAUUGAGACUGUGUAGUGACUGGCUGAGAAAAUCUCCGUUGGAACGAUAAGGGAAUAAAAAGAUUUCAAUUGAGUUGCCUAGUAUAUUUUGUUAAUUGCGUGAAACAGCGCAGCUAGAACUGGAAAAGCUUAAAACUGGAGAAACAAAACCGAGUUAAACUGAUUCGAGACAAAAUGGUCCUGGCUGAGAGAAACUCAGAGUUGGUACGGAAUGGGAGGCGAUCACGCGGUCCAAGUCCGAAUGGUCACGGCGGCAGCGUUGCUGGUGGUACAGUAGGCGGGAGUUCCAAUAUUGGUAGUGGGGGUACUGGUGGUGCGGGAACUCCGGAAACUAGUUCCGAUGAUGAUAAUUCCAUUAAGCGCAACGGAAAGUCAAAAAAUAAACAGAGCGAAUAUGAGGAAAAAAUUCGUGUCGGUCGCGACUACCAGGCCAUAUGUCCACCUCUUAUACCAGAAAAUGAACGUAAACCAGAAGGUCUUAACGAUCGCGCCUUAUUAGUUUGGUCACCUACUAAAGAGAUACCAGAUGCGAAACUGGAAGAAUAUAUAUCAGUUGCUAAAGAGAAAUACGGUUAUAACGGUGAACAGGCCCUAGGCAUGUUGUUCUGGCAUAAACAUGAUCUAGAACGCGCCGUAAUGGAUCUGGCUAAUUUCACUCCCUUCCCCGAUGAAUGGACAGUGGAAGACAAAGUGUUAUUUGAACAAGCAUUUCAAUUCCAUGGAAAGAGCUUUCACCGCAUUCGGCAAAUGUUGCCUGAUAAAUCGAUAGCUAGUUUGGUGAAAUACUACUACUCAUGGAAAAAGACACGGCACAGACAAAGCGUAAUGGACCGACAAGAAAAGGCAAAAGCAAGUAAAGAAGGUUCAGAAAAUGGCAGUGAAAAUGGUAGCAAUGAAGAAUCUGAUACAGAUGACAAGGAUCAAGCAUUGGCCUCAACUUCUGGGUUGCAAGAUCAAACGAAAGUAGGCGGCAGCGGUAUUGGCGGUGUAGGCGCAUCUGCCGAUUUACAAAACAAAUCAAAUAAGUCGAGCGAAGUCGGUGUUGCUGCAGGUGGCAGCAGCGGUCUCGGCGGCGAAGCUGACAGUGAGAACACAACUGCUUCUGGUUCGUUGAAUGUAAUCGCCACAGGACGCGACAGUGGUCUAGUUGCCAAUGUUGGUGCCGUGUCAAGCGGUUUUAAACAUCAGCGCCAACAGACGCCGCCCAACAUGGCGAAUACCGAUUCGUCGUGUUCAAAUGCGGACUCAACGGGCUUGAGCGGUUGUUGCACCAAUUGUGGAGUUCCUUGCACUGUGCUUAACGCAUCGCCGCACGGUAAACUAUGUUCAAGUUGCCACCACCAUUGGAGGCGUACCGGUAAUAAGAGACCUACUUCUGGUCCAUACUUUGGUAAGCGAUCACGCGAUCGCAAUGCUGAAAGGCACAAGCGUAAACCACCGCGAGGCAUGUAUAUUAAUCACGAUGAUAUUGUGGCACUGGCCAGAGCUAACGACAAUCAAGACGAAUUACUUGCCAAUACAGACAGGGAAAUCGUUUCAUUAUUGAGCCAAGUUCAGCUAAAUAAGCAAAAUAUAUCCGCCCUAAAGCGUAAGAAUUCCGAAGGAUUAGAUGAUAUGCGUCCAACUGAGAACUCCAAUCGCAUAAACUCACGUUGGUCCAACGAUGAAGCUUUGCUGGUUGUGCAGGGAGUACGAAAAUAUGGCAAGGACUUCCAAACAAUAGCCGAAACGAUUGGCACGAAGACAGAGGCUCACGUACGCACUUUCUUUGUUAGCAACCGUCGACGUUACAAUCUAGAUCAGGAACUAAAAAAGUAUGAAGCAGAAAAAGAGGAAGCAGCUGUAGCUGCCAAUGCUUCUGCAGCUGUAAUUGAAACGACCAACGAAAACAAAAAGAAGGAUGACUUGAAAAAGAGGGAAAUCCCUGCGUCAACUGGUGGUGUGGUCGGUGGCGCUUCGUCUGUUGUUGGCGAUGAAUCGGAUAAUACAACCUCAAGUGAAACAACUGCAUCAAAAUCCAUAAACGACGAAGCCAAGUGUAAUAAUAGCAAUACCAAUUUACAAAAGGACAACGUUAUAAUGGAGAUUGACUUAGAUGCUGAUCAAACGGAUAUAGCACCACCAGCCAAAAAGUUCGCACUCCAUGUUGGAGGGCAGGAGUUUCCCAAAGCGAGUGCAAACUAAGUCAAUGAUGAUGGUUUUACGCAGUAGGAAGAGAGAUCACAGAGAGGGAAAGCAUUCUCUAAUGCAAAUCAGUGCAGGUGUUUGACACGCCUUAAAAACAUAUUUAUAUGCAUACAUAUAACAUAUUACCUAUUUGACGAUCCAUCCUGUUAUCCUCAUAGAACAAGACAGGAGAUACUGGGGGCUCGGUAUCGAUAUACACAAUAACAGUUGUACUAUUAUAGAGGAGUAAAAGAAGAAAAACUGGCGGUUGGAAAAAAUUGACACUUAACAAAUUGUGGAGUUUUAAAAUACAAGAAGCUUGUUUACUUGAUAAGUAGUUUUAGUUUUUUUGACAUAUAAACCCAAAAACUCGAUGAAUGAUAUUGAGUUUAUUUUUAAAUAAAUAUCAGAUUUUAAAGCAAUAAUGGCCCUAUUAUGAGUUGCAUUCGAUUUUCGAU